GUAUAUCUUUAAAGAUAUACAGAACAAGAAAAGUCCUUAGAGGACUUCCAAUGAGGUGGAGACAUGUUAAGGUCUUCAAACAAAAACGUCUAGCAGCAAAGGCUGUUAUGAAGAACUAUAAUGAGAUUAACUCAACAAGAUUUGAGUAUUUCAAAGAAAGGGCAGAAGAGACUAAGAAGUUGAUUCGGAAAGAUAGAUCGAAACUCUGGGCUUUGAGAGGAGUUAAACUCUUUAAAAGCAAUCGAUCAAGAGAAUUUUGGCAAUGGCUGAAGAAUAGUAGAACUGGGUCUAUUAAAUUAGAUCAAGUAUCUCUUAGAGAUCACAAUGGGCUACUACAGACUUGUCAAGAUAAAAAGCUAGAAAUAGCAAACAACUUUUAUGCUACUCUAGCAUCAGAAAACAAUGUAGAUUUAUCAAUCUACAAUAAAAAAGAUCUUACUGAGAUACCACCAGAAAUCUCAGAAGAAGAAUUACUAUCUGCAUUAAAGAAAUGUGGAAAUAACAAAGCUGCUGGGCCGGAUGAAAUUCCCACCGAGCUAUACAAACAUCUACUUAUAAAUGAAGUAGAAAGCAAUUACUUUAAAUUCAUGUUAAGUGGAUUUAAUAAGUACAUUAAUGGAGAUAGUACUCCAGAAUAUUGGAGCAUGGCUAACAUGGUAUGUCUCCAUAAGAAAGGCGAUGAGACAGAUCUGAAUAAUUAUAGAGGUAUCUCUUUAAUUAACACAAUUAGUAAGAUCUAUCUCAAGAUAAUUAAUGACAGAUUGACUCAAUUUGUCGAGGAAAAUGAGAUCAUCUCUCGAUACCAAGCUGGUUUCAGAGAAGGUGAAGAAUGCAUGAAUCAGAUUACUUCUUUACUAGAAAUAGUAAGAAGAAGACAAUUCAAAGGACAGAACACAGUGCUGUGUUUUAUAGACUUUGAGAAAGCUUACGAUAAUGUCUGUCAUGACUUAUUAUUCAAAAAGCUAGAAAAACUUAAUAUCCCUAAGUAUCUUAUCAAUACGAUAAAGGAUAUCUAUAAAAAUACAACCAUGCAAGUAAAAAUUGCUGGUGAAACAUCAAGUGGCUAUAGCUACAGAAAAGGAGUAAGACAAGGUUGCCCUUGUUCUCCAAUGCUAUUCAAUAUAUUCAUUAAUGAUAUAUUUGAAGGCAUAGAAGGUAUCCUGAUUCCUAAAUCAAAUACAAAAGUUCCAGGACUGAUGUUUGCUGAUGACAUUGUAGUCUUUGGAAAUAACAAUAAUGAUCUUGCAAAUAAGAUCAGAAAAAUUUCUAAAUGGGCAGUUGAUAACAGAAUGAGAAUCAACUGCAAAAAAAGUGGAGUAUUAGAAUGGUCUGUUCAUAAUAGUGCUCCAGUAAACAGAAGUUUGUUUUCAAUCCCUACAGACUUUGGUGAC